AUGAAGGAAAAUCAUUCUAUGACAACAGAGUUCAUCCUUGUGGGAUUCUCAGAAAACCCAGUCCUGAAGGCCCUCCUGUUCUUGUUGUUCUCUGUAAUCUACCUGGUCACCAUGGUUGGGAAUCUUGGGCUAGUGGUCUUGAUCUACAUGGAACACCGUCUUCACACACCCAUGUACAUCUUUCUGGGCAACCUGGCUCUCAUGGAUUCCUGCUGCUCCUGUGCCAUCACUCCAAAAAUGCUAGAGAACUUUAUUUCCGUGGACAAAAGGAUUUCCCUCUAUGAAUGCAUGACACAGUUCUAUUUUCUCUGUUUUGCUGAAACUGCAGACUGCUUCCUACUUGCAGUGAUGGCCUAUGAUCGCUAUGUGGCCGUAUGCCACCCACUGCAGUACCACACCAUGAUGUCCAAGAAGCUCUCCAUUCAGAUGAGUAUAGGCACCUUCAUUGCCAGUAACCUGCAUUCAAUCAUUCAGACAAGUUGUCUGUUAAGAUUAAAUUUCUGUAAAUCAAAUCACAUUUAUCACUUCUUCUGUGACAUACUUCCACUCUAUAGGCUCUCUUGUACAGAUCCUUUUAUUAAUGAACUAAUGAUAUAUAUUUUUUCAAUGCCAAUUCAAGUCUUUACCAUUACCACUGUCUUGGUCUCUUAUUUCUGCAUUCUUUUCACUAUUUUCAAAAUGAAAUCCAAGGAUGGGAGAGGAAAAGCAUUUUCUACUUGUGCAUCCCAUUUUCUUUCUGUGUCAAUAUUUUACAUCUGCCUUCUUACAUAUAUAGGACCAUCUAAAGAUGGUAAUAAAGAUAUACCAGUGGCUGUAUUUUAUACAAUAAUAAUUCCUUUGUUAAACCCUUUUAUUUACAGCCUGAGAAACAAGGAGGUUUUAAAUGCUGUUAAGAAAACACUGAAGAAGGGAUUCCCAGGUUUGUUAGUUUGUUCACCGAAGCUAAGGUUGAAUUUUAGUGACAAAAUACUGGCUGGGGUGAAUGGGUCAGAACCUGAUAUAUUUUUAUAUCUCUUCUGUUGA